AUGACUUUACAAAAUGCCAUCUGGGAAAUAAUAUGUGGGUCAUUGGCCGGUGCAUUAGGCAAAUUCAUAGACUAUCCAUUUGACACUAUCAAAGUGAGAAUGCAGACUCAGGGAGCCAAUAUUUUUCCAACUACCUGGUCAUGUAUCCAAUAUACAUAUAAAAAUGAGGGGAUAUUGACCGGUUUUUAUCAAGGCUUAUUAUCUCCCUUACUUGGAGCCUCAUUGGAAAAUGCAAUUUUGUUUGUUUCUUAUAAUCAAUGUUAUAAUUUGUUGAAGAAAUAUACCCAAUGGAAUAUAGUAUGGAUUAUUUUGGUCUCCGGUUCCUUUUCUGGUUCCUGUGCAAGUUUUGUGUUGACUCCAGUAGAACUAAUAAAAUGUAAAUUACAAUUAUCUAAUUUAUAUGUACAAAUGUAUGAAGGGAUCGAUAUUGAAAGUCGAGGUCAUAUUGAAUUAGGUAAAUUGGAAGUAUUGAAAACUUCUGAACAUGCAAAAAAUGUUGAGAAUGGUGACGAGAACAAUGAAUAUACUCAUAAACGUGGGAAUGAUAAAGAGGAAUUAAUAGAGGAUGUGAAUAGCAAGCAAUUAGAGCAGACACCAAGUAGUAGAUAUGAUUCUCAAAAUUUAGUAUCGAAUAGUCGAGAAAAUUACAAUACAGAUAUAGUACCUACGAUAAAGGCAAUUAUUAAAGAAAAUGGUGUAUUAGGUUUAUGGCAAGGCCAAUUAGGGACUUUUAUAAGGGAGGCAAUUGGGUCUUUGAUAUGGUUUGGAACUUUCCAGUUAUUAAAAAGGCUAUUCAUGUAUAAAAUCACUGGGUCGUGGAAUAUUUUGGAUAGAGACACUGACGAAGGUUCCAAUCCUGAGAGCGUGCAUAUUCCAUCGUGGGUAUUACUAGUUAGUGGUGCAAUAGCAGGUUUUGUAUUCAAUGGAAGUGUUUUCCCUAUUGAUACAAUAAAAUCAGUCAUGCAGACAGAACAACUUGGAUUUAGGAAUGCAAUCAAUUAUAUUUAUGGGCAGUAUGGGUUUGGUGGAUUUUAUAGAGGAUUGACAAUUACUUUGAUUAGAUCAAUGCCAUCUAACGCUGCUGUAUUCUACACCUACGAACAAUUAACGAAAUUAUUAUAA